AUGGUGGGCAUAGAACAGACAAUCAUAUCUCUUCUGCUGCCACUCCUGCAUGUGGUGAACAAAGCACAGACAUUUAAAUGCACUGGAAUGAAACCCGUGGAUAUUCCUCAUGAGUGGUACCAGCCUGGAGAAAUUCUCAUUGGUGGGAUCACAACUCAUAUUCACUAUUUAAUUCCCAAAUUACGAUUCAAAGAACACCCUUCUCGGGAGAUAAUGACUACUCCAGGUUUAGUGCUAAAGCAUUACCAGCAUAUCCUGGCUUUGGCAUUUGCCAUCAAUGAGAUCAAUGAGACGCCUAGCAUCUUGCCCAAUAUCACACUCGGGUUCCACAUCUAUGACAGCUAUGGGGAUGAACAAAUGACCUAUCGUAGCACUCUAGACUUGCUCUUCAAAUCACAUGGCUUUCUACCCAACUACCACUGUGGCAUCCAGAAAAAUGUCAUCGGGGUCAUUGGUGGACUUACCUCUGAUAUCUCCUUGCGAAUGGCAGAGAUCUUAGGACUCUACAAAAUUCCACAGAUUUCCUACAGCUCAGUGGAAUCAACCACAAGAAAUGGAAUCCACCUCUCUUCUUUUUAUCACAUGGUUCCCGAUGAAUCCCUUCAGUACCGGGGCAUUGUCCAGUUACUUAGGCAUUUCAGAUGGAAAUGGGUAGGGAUCAUCACUCAGGAUGGUGAUGUUGGGCAGCAUUUCUCUGAAGCUUUGGAGGUAGAACUUUCCCAAAAUGGAAUAUGUUCAGCUUUCACAGACAAAGGUCAAAAAAUGGCCUUAAUAAAUGAUGUAAGUGAAGACCUCAUCAGUUUUUUAUAUGCCAUUCCAGCUUUCAUGGACAGUAAAGCCAAUGCAAAUAUCAUAUAUGGAGAAAGUACAUUUAUAUGGUUGGCAGCCAUGUUGCACUUUAAAAAAUUGUUUCCUUCAGAAGGUGCAUUCUCUCUGGAGGAGAUCUGUGCCAGAAAGGUGUGGAUUACAACAGCCCAAAUCGAUUUCACAUUAACUGUCUUUCUAAAGUAUUUUAACAUACAGACAUUUCAGGGUGCUAUUUCUUUCUCAUUCCCCUCAAAGGAGCUCCCACGAUUCCAAAAAUAUCUUCAGAUGAUAAAGCCAUUAUGGGCAAAAGGAGAUGGCUUCAUCAAGGAAUUCUGGGAACAAGCAUUCGAUUGCUUAAUAACAAAUUCCAGUCCUCCAGAAGAUGUAGAUGAAAUAUGUACUGGUGAGGAGAGGCUGGAAGACCUUCCUGAGCAUUUCUUUGAAAUGAGGAUGACUGGUCGCAGCUACAAUAUCUAUAAGGCAGUCUAUGUUUUUGCACAUGCCUUACAUAGCAUGUACUCAUCUAGGUCCAGAUCCAGACACAUGGAGGACAGGGGCAAAUUGGAUGCUCUGAUUGUGGAAGCCUGGCAGUUCCAUUCAGUGAUUCAGAGGAUCUCAUUCAACAACACUGCUGGAGAUGAAAUUAUAUUUAACAAAAAUGGAGAAAUAGCAACUGGUUUUGAUAUUACAAAUUUUGUCACUUUCCCAAAUAACUCCUAUGUCAGAGUCAACAUUGGGAAACUGGAUCCUCAACACCCUCCAGAGAAAAUGCUCACCAUUCACGAUGAGAAGAUCCAGUGGCAAAGUGCAUUCACACAGGUGGGGAAAUAUACACCCUUUCUCUCCAAUGAAGAAAUAGACAUGGAUUCCUGCAUGACCUGCCCACAUGAUCACUUUCCGAACAAAGGACAAUAUCAAUGCAUUCCCAGGAUUCUAAACUUCCUCUCUUUUCAAGAACUUUUAGGAAUCACAUUAGCUUUUGUGGCUAUUUUCUUUUCUACGAUCACAGCUCUGGUGCUGGGCAUUUUCAUCAAGCUACGAGACACUACCAUCAUCAAAGCCAACAAUCGGAGUCUCACCUACCUUCUUCUCAUCUCCCUCCUCCUUUGCUUCAUCUGCUCCUUGCUCUUCAUUGGGAAGCCUAAACCCAUCACCUGCCUCCUCCGACACACUGCUUUUGGCAUCAUCUUCUCCAUUGCCAUUUCUUCUGUUUUGGCCAAGACCAUCACAGUGGUCGUGGCUUUCAUGGCUUCCAAGCCAGGCAGCAUUUUCCGGAAAUGGGUAGGGAAAAGAUUGGCCUAUUGGACUGUCAUUUCUUGUUCCCUUGUUCAAGUUGGCAUUUGUGCUGUUUGGUUGGGCACUACUCCCCCAUUCCCAGAUCUGGACAUGCACUCCCUGUCUGGAGAAAUCAUAGUGACAUGCAACGAAGGGUCAGUUACCAUGUUUUACUGUGUUCUGGGCUACAUGGGAUUUCUGGCCAUUGUCAGCUUCACGGUGGCUUUCCUAGCCAGGAAAUUACCAGACAGUUUUAAUGAAGCCAAGUUCAUCACCUUCAGCAUGUUGGUCUUUUGCAGUGUUUGGCUGUCCUUUGUUCCAACUUACCUUAGCACAAGAGGGAAAUAUAUGGUGGUUGUGGAGGUCUUCUCCAUCUUGGCUUCCAGUACUGGGUUACUGGGGUGCAUCUUUUCCCCGAAAUGUUACAUCAUUGUGUUGAGGCCUGAUUUGAACAAAAGGGAGCAUCUAAUAAUGAGAAAACAUCCAGGGAUGACAUAA